AUGUUCUCUUGCAACGACACUGCGGCUCAGCGUACGCAGCUGAAGCCUCACUAUAUGUCUAUCGUAGAUGCUUUCUUCCCGGGGUUCACCAGCAUUGCUACGGCCAGUCAGCAGUAUCUCUCCAUUAACUUGGAUUAUUGGACUGGCCUCUUUUGCGUCUGUGGGAUGCUACUUUUCUUCGGAAAGCUCGCGUACAAGAGCAUAGGGGACGUUGUCACCACUUACCUUACUUCGAAGACUGACGUCCAUGACCCGGACGAGGCGUACGAUAUGCUGGAGUCGUGGAUCUCUGCCUAG